AUGAAGCGACUGGGCUACCGCAAGUCCCGCACCGGAUGCCUAAGAUGCAAGGAGAGAAGAGUCAAGUGCGACGAGAAACGACCUUGCUCGGCAUGUGUCAGACACGAGGUCCUUUGCAGUCUUAGUGACUCGCCUCCCGAUGCUGGUACAGCGCAAACGGUAGAGCAGUCGUUUACCCGUCCAUCAUCAACGAAAGCAAGAGCCAACUGGGCCUCUGACAUGGAGCUGAUGCACCACUACACUAGCAUAUCCUAUGCCACACUCUCAAAUGACGCUGACGUACAGAAGGUCUUGCAGCAAGACUUACCACGUUUAGGCUUUCAACACAAAUUCCUCUUGCAUCAGCUACUGGCUUUCUCCGGCUAUCAUCUCGCAUACCUAAAUCAUGACAAACGCCACGCAUUCUUUUCGCAAGCAUCUCAGCAUCAGAAUAGUGCUAUAGAGGGUUUAAGAACAAACCUUGGGAGCGCUCAUGUCUCCGGACACUGCCAUACGCUCUAUGCAGCUUCUAUCUUAUUAACCAUCUGCUCAUUUGCCACUUUCCCAAGCUACGAUAGAUUCGAUGGCCCCUUGGACCCUGUCGACAACAUCCUCGGUGUCUUUAGUCUUAUCAAAGGAAUGAACAUGAUUCGGCUUGAAUCGGGUAGUGAGAUUAAUACGGGGCCACUUGCAACCUUCUUCGGACAAACCCCAUUUCUCGGGAGCGAUGCUAUCCACAACUCAUUCGGGACGCAGCAUGCAAUAGCGUCACUUUCCAGCUCCAUUGAGAAUAGUAUUAGGAGGCCUUCGCCCACGUCAACUGCUUCACUGCGAGCGUCUUUCCUUUGGCCCAUCCUUAUUGAAACGGACUACAUCACAUCGCUUCGGCAACGAUGCCCAGCUGCCUUGGUCGUCUUAGCAUUUUACUGUACAGUGCUAAGAAUGGCAGAAGUAAGCUGUUGGGCAUUGGAAGGAUGGGCAGAGUCUUUGAUGAAGAGUGUUUGCAACUCUUUGGAGGGGAGUCACUGGGAAACGUUGAUUGAAUGGCCAAAACAAAUUGUGAUGGAUGUUGAUCAGGACAUAAUUGUAAAAAGCUGGGCAAAUGAACAGCUUUGAUCCAACACAGUAUUUAAUACCUUGGGCCGUUGGUGCAGAUGCGUCCUUCUGAACUAGAGCGCUUCAUAG